AUGAGCAAUUCGGCUGCUUUGGCAUCAUCAUCACGCUCACCCGUGGCUGUGUUUCUUGCCUUCUCCCUCGUCUGGCUCUCCAGCCACGUCCUUGCCGCCGGACACCCUGACUACACCGACGCGCUCACCAAGUCGUUGCUCUUCUUCCAGGGGCAGAGGUCCGGCCGCCUGCCGGCGGACCAGGCCGUCAAGUGGAGGUCCAACUCCGCCAUGUCCGACGGCUCGGCCGCAAACGUCGACCUCACCGGCGGCUACUACGACGGCGGCGACAACGUCAAGUUCAAUUUCCCCACGGCGUUCACCACGACCAUGCUGUCGUGGAGCAUCAUCGAGUACGGUGGGCGGAUGGAGGGGCGCGUUCACGACGCGCGCGCCGCUGUACGGUGGGCGACGGACUACCUCCUGAAGGCCGCCAAGACGACCCCGGGCAAACUCUACGUCGGAGUGGGCGACGCCGACGCCGACCACCGCUGCUGGGAGCGGCCGGAGGACAUGGACACGCCGCGGAAUGUGUACGAGGUGUCGGCGUCCGCCCCGGGGUCCGACGUCGCAGGGGAGACCGCGGCCGCGCUCGCCGCAGCCAGCCUGGUCUUCAAGGCCGCCGACCCGGACUACUCCAGGAGGCUGGUCGCGGCGGCCAGGGACGUAAUGGCGUUCGCUUGGCAGCAUCAGGGGAAGUACAGCGACCACGUCGGCGGCGGCGUGAGCAACUACUACCCGUCCUACUCCGGCUACAAAGGUGACGAGCUCCUAUGGGGAUCCGCAUGGCUGCUCUGGGCGACGAAGAACAGCUCCUACCUCAACGACCUCAUCUCCCUCGGCGCCAACGACGGCGUCGACAUGUUCAGCUGGGACAACAAGCUCGCCGGAGCGCGCGUUCUUCUGUCACGAAGAGCCCUGUUGGACGGGGACAAAAGGCUGGAACCCUUCACGCGUCAAGCGGAGGAGUUCAUCUGCCGCGUCCUGCCCAAGUCCAGCUCCCCUUCGUCCACGACGCCGUACACGCCGGGCGGGCUGAUGCACCGGUCGGGCAACGCCAACCUGCAGUACGUCGCCUCCGCGAGCUUCCUGCUCACCACCUACGCCAAGUACAUGGCCGUCUCCAACCACGCCUUCUCCUGCCAGAACCUCCCCGUCACCUACAAGUCCCUGAGGGCACUGGCCAAGAGGCAGGUGGACUACGUGCUAGGCGACAACCCGCUGGGGAUGUCCUACAUGGUGGGCUACGGUGCGCGCUCCCCGCAGAGGAUACACCACAGGGCGUCCUCCAUGCCGUCCAUGGCCGCGCACCCGGCGCACAUCGGCUGCCAGGAGGGUUUCCAGAGCUACCUCUACGCCAGCGGCCCUAAUCCCAACGUGCAUACCGGCGCCAUCGUCGGCGGGCCGGACCAGAACGACGCGUUCCCGGAUGACCGCGCCGACUAUGCGCGGUCGGAGCCCACCACGUACACCAACGCACCCCUGGUAGGUUGCCUCGCCUACUUUGCGGGCAGCUACAAGAAAGAAAAAAAAGAGACCAACCAAGGACUAACCCUCGUUGGCAUUUAUUUAUAGAAGAAACUCCGCGAGCAUCACGCGUUCAAGUCGGGAUUUGAAUUCGGGUGGGCUAGCAGCAACCUCAGCUGCCAAGCCAACGGGUCGACGCCCCGUCCUCGGCAGCUACAAGAAAUGACUACGACGUAGAAUCUUUCUACAGCGCUACCUCGGUCUCAAAAUAUAAGACAUUUUUCAGUUUAAUUUUAAACUGAAAAAAAUACCUCCGUCUCUUAUAUUCUGAGACGAGGUAAUUACUACUCCCUCCGUCCCUUAAUGUAAGAUGUUUUUUUGACAUUUUUUGACACUAUACUAGUGUCAAAAUACGUCUUACAUUAUGAGACGGAGGAGUAUUUAGCUGAUAAAAACAACUUACCAAGGUGUUUAUUAAGCGUUUAGGAAUUAAGUGU